AUGCUCGAUAUUAAUUUAUUCAGAGAAUACAAGGGCGGUAAUCCAGAGAUUAUUAGAGAGUCUCAACGAAGAAGAUUUGCCGAUGUUACUCUUGUUGAUAAAGUCAUUGAAUUGGACGAAGUAUGGAGAGCUACCAUUGGUAAAUUGAAUCAUAUCAAGAGUUUUACUGGUAUUAUCAGCAAGGAAGUUGGUAAUCGUAUGAAAAACAAGGUUCCACUCGGUGAUGAUUUGGAAUUACCAAAAGAAGUCACUGAUGAUGUUUAUGCCCUCUUCACAAAGGAGGCCCUCGAACAAGGAUCUUUGGCAAAACUCAAUACCAAUCAACUGAAAAAGCUCUCUACAUACAUUACCGAAGUUCAUAUUAAGAAUUCUGAAGAGGAGGUGAAGCAAAAAGAAAAGGAGAGAGAUGAUGUUUUACUUCAAAUUGGUAAUAUUGUUCAUGAGACUGUUGUUGUCAGUGAUAAUGAAGAUAAUAAUGGUAUUGUGAGAAUGGUCGGUAAUCCACGACCAAAAGUUGAUCCAGAGACUGGAUACAAAUGUCUCAAGCAUAUUGAUAUCAUGAGAAAAUUAGGAGGAUUAGCCACAGAAGAAGGUACUCAAGUCGGUGGUGGAAGAGGUUACUUUUUACUUGGAGAUUUGGUCAGAAUGAAUUUGGCUCUUCAAAAUUAUGCCAUUGACUUUUUGGCCAAGAAGGGAUACAUGCCAAUUUACACACCAUUCUUCAUGACUAAGGAACAAAUGAAGAAGGUAGCUCAAUUGUCUCAAUUUGAUGAAGAAUUAUAUACUGUCACAGGAGAAGGUGAAGACAAGUAUUUGAUUGCCACCUCUGAACAACCAAUUGCUGCUUUCCACUUGGAGAAGCGUUUUGAUGAGAGUGAGCUUCCAAUCAAGUACUGCGGUAUGUCCACAUGUUUCAGAAAAGAAGUUGGUGCUCACGGUAAGGACACCUUGGGUAUUUUCCGUGUUCACCAAUUCGAAAAGAUUGAACAAUUUGUUGUCACUUCUCCAAAGGACAAUAAGAGUUGGGAAAUGUUCGAUGAAAUGAUUGGAAACUCUGAAGCUUUCUAUCAAAGUCUUGGAAUUCCAUACAGAGUGGUAAAUAUUGUCAGCGGUGCUUUGAAUAAUGCUGCUGCCAAGAAAUUCGACUUGGAAGCUUGGUUCCCAGGAGCUGAUGAAGGUAACGAAUACAGAGAAUUGGUUUCUUGCUCCAACUGUACCGACUACCAAACUAGAAGACUCGAGGUCAAGUAUGGUAAGAGCAAGAAGCAAGGUAGUGAGGUUGAAUUUUGCCACAUGUUGAACUCUACAUUGACUGCUACCUCUAGAACACUUUGUUGUAUCGUUGAAAACUAUCAAACACCAGAAGGAGUGAAUGUUCCUGAAGUUUUGCAACCUUACAUGGGUGGCACUAAAUUCAUCAAGUUCAAGAAUUAA